AUAAAAACCACCAUGGAACGAGCAUACCAUAAAUCCACAUUUGGAGCUGGAGAGAGAAAAAGAGAUAAAUAUGGGAGUGAAGGGUUGGAAUGAAUUGGGAGUUGUGGGUACAAUUUAUGAAGAAGAAUAUGAAGAAGGAGAAGAAGUUGAUACACUCUCAUCAUCAUCUUCUACCAUACCCUCUCUAGAAUUUACUCCUUCCCCUACCCCUUGGAAAUUGGGUAGGAGGAAUGAUCCAGACGUGGUGAUACAUGUUCAGGACUCGUGUUUUCGCCAUCACAAGGCCGCAUUAAUAGCGAGGAGUGCCUAUUUACGAGAGAAGCUGAGCGAACUCCCAGAAAUAACCCUCUCCCCGCCGUUAAACAUAACGGCACAGACAUUCUCCACAGUGACGGAGUUCUGCUAUGGAGCCCACAUCGCCUUAACCCCUUUCAACGUGGCGGCCCUUUGCACGGCGGCCCAUCUCCUCGGAAUGACUACGGGUGACCAUAACUUGCAGGCCAUAACUGAGGAGUACUUUUGCAGUGAAAUCACUAUCAACAAAGAGUAUCUCUAUGUGGUGCUCGACUCGACCUUCUCCCUCAUGCCGGAGGUGGAGACUGAGGCAUUGCUCAUCACCAAGUGCAUCGAGGCACUCAGUCUCACGGACGGCGCCAAUUUGAGUUGCUUGGACGGCGUUAAGGGCUUGAGCAUUCGAGAUUUUGAAAUUAUUCUGGAGUCAAUUAGUCAACGUUUGACUGACUGUCACGACCUUGUUUAUAGAAUCAUCGACAUUUACCUCAAGGCCAACAUGGAAUCACUAGCGGAGGACCGGAAAACCCAUAUAUGCAACCACAUAGACUACAGCAUCGUGUCCCCCAAACUCCUCAUGCACGCUGUCCAAAACCCGAGAAUGUCCCUAAGGUUUGUUGUCCAAGCCAUGUUCCUCCAGCAACUCAGCACCCGCGACUCCAUAAUAAUCUCAAACAGCCAAGAACAAAAAGACGGUAUUACCCUCGGGGCCAUCCUUGAGCGGGAUGCGGCCCUCCGCCAGGUGUCCCACCUGAAGGCUGCCGUGACCGCCACAAGCUCGCGCAUUGAGUCCCUCGAGAGAGAGCUGAGCGGUAUGAGGAAGGCUCUGGAUGGACGUGAUGGACGUGCUUCUAGCUUCCGACUAACGAGCAAUGAUAGGGCUUCAGUUUCAGCUGAGAGGAGCUUUGGCCGGAGGCUGGUCGAUGGGAUUAAGGGCGCGUUUGGUUUGCGUACCAACAAGCACGGCACUAAAGGGAUUAAUGAGUUGGGUAGUAGUGACCGUGUUGUUAUAAUUAAAAAGGACCGAGCCUUUCACAGGCGCUCCACCUCUCAAUCUUGAAAUGUUAGAUUUGUAAUGCUUCUAUUGUUGUUGUCCAUCAAAAGGUAUAAGUACAUGGAAUUGUUCAUAAUGUUAUAAUGUGGUUGGGUUGGAGUUGGGAGGGGAGAAAAAACAAGUCAAACACUAAUGUUGAAGUGUUUGUUAGUCUAUUUCAAGUGGAUAUGUC